AACUGAAGGUCCGGUCGUGUUUCUCCCGAAAUGAAAGUGAAACUCUGAGCAGUCGGGAGUUUCUGACACUCUUUCAUGGUCUUUAAUGCCUGUAUGACGUGUGUUCGGACAAACUCAAGUGCACUGAACGAGAAUACAAUCAACACCUGCUCAGCAACAUGUCUGAAUCUUCACGCUUACGAGAUGUUAAAAAACGGACCUCUUAUCAGAGCUUACAUGACAAUUAUGUGUCAAAUACCAAGGAAUCAAAGUGCUCUCUUUCUGUCCUGUUGGCCACUGGAUGUUUAAUCGUCUUAGGGGUUUUAUUGGCCAUCGUGGUAAUAGAGAAAUUAAAGAAUGAAGAUGACACACCGGCAUGCUGUAACUACACCGUCCCCAAUGAGCACAGCAGGAUCGUUCUCGUUGAGAGUUUCCCUCUCAGCAUGGAUUAUGGGAGAAACGCCAGCGCUGGAGAAAGCCUGUUUGAAGCCUGGAAGGAUCUUCUGUCUUCGGCCACAGAACAAAUCGACGUGGCGUCUUUCUACUGGUCUCUGACGGCUGACGACAUCAACGUGAACUCCAGCGCCGACAGAGCUGGCAGAGAGAUUUUAGAGGAGUUCAGAGCUUUACCGGCGAGAAACGUGUCCGUGCGAGUGGUGACCAGCAUCCCGACUGUGGCUCUCAAUUCAACAGACCUACAAGUCCUGAAAGAAAACGGAAUACAGAUACGACGAGUGAACUUCGGCCGCUUGACUAAAGGAGUCCUUCAUACUAAAUUCUGGAUUGUGGACGGGAAACACGUUUACAUCGGCAGCGCCAACAUGGACUGGAGAGCUUUAACGCAGGUGAAAGAGCUCGGUGUGGUGAUCUAUAACUCCAGUGGUUUGGCUGCCGACCUGCACAAGAUCUUCCAGUCGUACUGGGUCAUGGGUCGGUCCAACACUUCUCUCCCGGAUCCGUGGCCGUCCUCCUACCAGACCUCCAUCAGCCAGGAGCAUCCGCUGCCACUCAACCUCAGCGGUGUGGCCAGUCGAGUUUACAUCACGGCCUCUCCGCCGGCGUUCUGUCCUGCCUCUCGAACCCGAGACCUUGAUGCCAUUCUGUCGGCCAUCGGAGACGCGCGGGUCUUCAUACACAUCGCCGUCAUGGAGUUUUAUCCCGCCUCCAAGUACUUCCAUCAUCACGGAUACUGGCCGGUCAUUGAAGACGCCCUGAAGCGCUCGGCCUUCGAGAGGAACGUGUCCGUGAGUCUGCUGGUCAGUUGCGGUCGAGACACCGACCCGUCCGUUUGGCCGUUCCUCCGGUCAUUAGAUGCUCUCCGCUCCCCGUCUCACAACAUUAACAUCGCAGUGAGGCUGUUUAUUAUUCCCGUGGGAAACCAGUCGCACAUCCCCUAUUCCAGAGUCAACCACAACAAGUAUAUGGUGACCGACAGAGUGGCGUAUGUGGGCACGUCUAACUGGUCAGCUGACUACUUCAACACCACUGCCGGAGUGGGCUUGGUGGUUUCCCAGGAUGCUUUGCUGGGAGACUCCUUCCAUCAGCAGUUGAAUGCCGUGUUUGCCCGAGACUGGGACUCCCAGUUUGCCGUCCCGCUCGCUGAGCUCAAGCUGAACCACGACUGUGUGUUCUCCAGAUCCACACCAUAGAUCCGCAC